UGAAAUAUUUUGUAAAAUGCGAAGCAUAAUAUUAAUUUUUGUGACGUUAUUCACGUAUGUACAUGGUAUAAGAUUUUAUCUUGAACCGAACUCAGUGAAAUGUUUGAAAGAAGAAAUUCAAGCAAAUGUUUUAGUUGCUGGAGAAUACGAAGUUUCUGUAACACCAGCUGUUAAAACUGAAUACAUUGUGAAGGAUUCAAAAGGUGAUAUACUUUCAAAAAAAGAGGAUAUUCCUCAUGGUAAAAUGUCGAAAUUCUCGUUUGUCACAGAGAUUUAUGAUACAUUUGAAAUAUGCUUUAUGGCACAUGCUAUACAACCGUCUUUUUCAGGGAAUAUGAAACAGGUUAAACAGGAAAUUUAUUUAAUUACAAAGCGUGGAAUUGAAGCAAAAAAUUAUGAAGGAGUUGCAGAAGUAUCAAAACUUAAACCUUCUGAAGUUGAAUUAAAACGUCUUGAAGACUUAUCCACAAGUAUUGUUCAAGAUUUUGCUCGCAUGAGAAAGAGUGAAGAAGAAAUGAGAGAUACAAAUGAAGCAACAAAUACUCGGGUAUUGUACUUUAGUAUAUUUUCAAUAUGCUGGCUAGUGAUACUCUCAAAUUGGCAAGUUCUUUACUUACGACGGUUUUUCAAAGCAAAGAAACUCAUUGAAUAA